GAAAAAUGGAUUGGAUUCGAAGACAAAGGACUAAAUGAGAGGCGGCAAGAUAAGGAGGGAAAUUGUUUUUAGCUUUUUUUUUCAUCUUUUCAAAACGGAAAAUGUAAGAAAACCAAAAUCCCCCUUCCACAUCGCGAAAUAGCAAUCCCCAAAAUUGCGGUUUCAUAUUCCCACUUGCACACUCGCAUCAAGAGAGGGAAAAUGGAGAAAAAAAGAGCGAGAGAAGAAGUUGAAGAAGAAAAUAAUGGAGCAGCUGAAGAGUACGAGCAGUACAGAGCUCAGAGAAUAAAAGCGAACAUGGAGCGAAUGAAGAAUUUGGGGCUUUUUGAGCUUUCCAAGAAGCUCAAACCUGAAAAUCCCCCAAAAGCAUCUCGUAAACCACCUCAGAAGCGCCCUCCUUCCGAUGACCCCCUCCGGCGCUCCUCCAGGUUGACAACUAGGGCUCCUGUGAAUUAUUCAGAGCGAAGAGAACCUAAGGUAAGGGAGAAGUUUCCAAAGAACGUGAAUAUUUGUAUAGCAGAGGGUGAAAAGCCUGAGGUGUACACAGAAGAGCACAAAAAGUUGCUAGGUGAUUCCAAGAACAACUGGACUCUGUAUGAAGACGGGUACGAUGAAGAUGGAAUGCGCCUGUAUGACCCAGACAUUGGGAAGAGUUGCCAUCAAUGCAGGCAGAAAGUUAUGUGUAAACACACUGAAUGCAGCAAGUGCAAGUCGACUCAAGGGCAAUUAUGUGGAGAUUGCUUAUACAUGAGGUACGGGGAGAAUGUGAUAGAAGCUAAUGAAAAUCCAAACUGGACUUGCCCUGUUUGUCGUGAUAUAUGCAACUGUAGUCGUUGCAGACGUGGAAAAGGAUGGGCUCCCACUGGUGCAAUAUAUAAUAAGGUCUCCAGCAUUGGUUACAAAUCUGUGGCACAUUAUCUUGUUUUAACAAGUUUGCAAAAAGAGAAGGGAGAUGAAAGCUUGGGCGAUGCAAAUGCAGUUUCUAAUGAACCAGACAGAGACAUGAAGGGAACAGUUGAAACACACAGUCAAAUGGAAGAAGAAGAAGAAGCAUGGAGUCAUGGCAGUGAAGUUGAAGAUGCUACUGGCGACGAGGACUCAGAGUAGUGAUUGUGAGGGUGUGAUGUCCCUUUUUAUGAUAUAUCAUAUUUUUGUGAUUAACUUAGGCAAGUGUUAGCCAAAUUUCCAAACUCUAUUUUUGUGUCAAUGG